AUGUGUGGCAUCAAUACCUUUUCGUGUGCGAAGCUCUUCUUGCACCUCAGACACCAUGCGCGCAAUGACAGACAACGAGGCAAAGCACUAGUCCGCUGGAAACUCCUCGCAUUGCUGGCUAAAGUCACCGUGUCAUCUGUAGAGCAACCUAUGCCCGAAACUUUCACUCGCGGGAGGAGUUGGUUCCGUUACUUGUACAUUCAUGGCGCGUUGGGCAUCAUAAUAUGUGAUCGUCCGGGGGAAGGAAAACCUGGUGCUGAGGAGGACGAUUCGUUAAUGAUAAUUCCAGGCUUUUCGAGCAAGCCUCUGGAAACCCAAGUGAUGCGAGAGACCAAAAGGAUGCAUGAUUGUGUUUAUCUCACCGAGCUUGAGCAGGUUCAGGGAGGGACUUCGUCGUGGUUCAGGAAUCUCGAUGUGUUGUUGAACGGUUUCCCAAACAGCCCAACAACCAAGAUCUCCGACAACCUGACUUUCUGGAUACUUUACUUCGCGCCAUUGAAGCAAGUAAAUCCUUAUGGCUUGACUGAGUCGAGGGAUGUCAAACACUUCCCCGAAAACAAAUGGAGCCGUCAGAGCUACGCAUGGCGUCCUGAGAGACGGCUUUUCCCUUUAGAACUCGUCCUAACCGGACGCAUAAUUGGUGCAGACGAGGCAGAACGCUGGGGCAUCGUACGGGUUGUACGCGCUGAGGAGGCCGUAAAGGUGGCAAGCGAUAUUGCAAGCAAGGGACGCAUCACAGUGAAUGCAUGGCUGCCUUUGCUGAGAAACGAAGGAUGCACUCGUAAGGGCGUUCUGUAUAUUAUGAGGGAACACAUCCCUGUGUUGUCCUGUGUUGACCCACAUUGA